UUUCCGCACGGUCAUCUUUUACUGUUGCACACCGGCAUGCACGUUUGCAGCGUGUGUCCUUUUGAGGGCUCGGCAGUGACUUCUGAGUGAACAUACAGAGAUACAGCUGAUGGUGUUCGACGUGAUGUUCCUGCGCUCGUGUUCGCUAGCGGCGAGACGGAUCUGCUCUCGCGCUCCGGUUCAGGCGCUCCUCAGAUCCAUCAGCACGUCUCAGACCACCGGGAGAGAUGAAGAGGAGGAGAAACUGGACCUGGACGUGUGGAAGGCCGUGAUGAAGACUCAAGCUCUGCCUGAGAACCAGAGCGACCCGAGUCCGUCGCCGCUGGACUGCCACCGCGAGCUGGUGGAGAUGUGGCACCAGGCCGGGAAGCUCGUUCCCAAGAGCAUCACGGACGAGCAGCUCCAAGAUCUCGCGGUGCUAACCACCAAAUCCGCUAAGAAGAAGUUCCUCAAGUUCCUCGCCAUCAAAGAAGCGCACAAGAUCUCGAAGAAAGAGAAGCGUGAGAACAAGCCGAGACCUGAGAGGAACACCGACGGAGAAGAGCGGGAACUGAAGAACACGUUUCUCAUGAAGUUCUGGAGCGGUUCUAUGGAUCGGUUGCAGAACUGGCGCGUGGCGCAGGCUAUGCGUUUUGGGCAGCCGCUAGUCUACGAUAUGAGCUACGAGCGACACAUGACGCGGCGCGAGAUGGAGAACGCCGUGUCUCAGCUGAUGGAGACCGAAGGCUUCAACCGGCGGUCUUCAGACCCGUUUCACUUGCACUUCUGCGGGCUGACGCCGGGCGGCGCCUAUCACCGCGAGCUCCUCAAGCGCUACGGCGCGGAAACAUGGGAGCGGAUGCUAAUCACGGACACCGCGAGCCAACCCGCGGACCUUUUUCCCCGCGAGGAUCUGGUGUAUCUCACCGCGGACUCGCACACCGUUCUCCGCGAGUUCGACCACAGGAAGGUUUACGUCGUCGGCGCCAUCGUGGACCGAUCCAUCCAGUCCGGCGUUUCGCUAGCUAAUGCUAAACGCCUCCAGCUAGCCACCGCGCGCCUCCCGCUGGAUGAGCAUCUGGACUGGGACUCUGGAGCCAAGAACCUGACCCUGGAUCAGAUGAUGCGCAUAUUGAGCACCGUGAAGGACACGGGGAGCUGGAAGGCGGCGCUGGAGUUCGUGCCCAAGCGCAAACACUGCGGAUUUCACCCGACGAGGACUGGAAAGACUCAAUCCGUGCGAACUGAAUCUGCGGCUCCGACAAACAAAACCGACGGACACAAAAGAGGACGAGAGAGAAAGACGUGGUGGGAGGAGGACGGUUAAUACUGGAACACUGUACCUUAAUUGAUGCUUAUUUUGUGUCAAUAAAAUUAUUUCAGAUGCUUAUU